GACUGGUGCUCUGCUAUACUAUGAUUCGCUAUGUGCUCACAUUGAUUGUCAGUGUGCUCAGCGCCCGGGGGCUGCGGGGACUGCCGGCUGCUCAAGGUGCCGUAGGCUCACGGGAAGAGCCACAGUUUGUCACGGCCCGUGCUGGAGAAAGCGUGAUAUUAGGUUGCGAUGUGAUCCACCCUCUCACUGCACAGCCCCCACCAUAUGUAGUUGAGUGGUUUAAGUUUGGCGUUCCCAUCCCCAUCUUCAUCAAAUUUGGGUUCUACCCUCCUCACGUGGACCCAGAAUAUGCAGGCCGUGCAACCCUCCAUGACAAGGCUUCCCUGCGCAUCGACCAGGUGCGUUCGCAAGAUCAGGGCUGGUAUGAGUGCAAGGUCCUAAUGUUGGAGCAGCAAUACGACACAUUUCACAAUGGCAGCUGGGUGCAUCUCACAGUGAACGCACCGCCUACUUUCACAGAAACCCCACCCCAGUAUCUGGAGGUAAAAGAAGGCACCAGUAUCACUUUAACUUGCACUGCUUUUGGGAACCCCAAACCCACUGUCUCGUGGUUCCGGGAGGGACAGUUCCUGGCAGGAACCUCAAAAUAUCAGGUGAAUGAUGGGAGUCUGACCAUCUCCUCCAUUGGACGUGAAGACAGAGGGUCUUACACCUGCCGUGCUACCAGUAUUCAGGGAGAAGCAGUCCACAGCACACGACUGCUCGUACAAGGGUCACCCUUCAUUGUUUCCCCUCCGGAGAACAUCACAGUAAACAUUUCCCAGGAUGCUCUGUUCACAUGCCAGGCCGAGGCCUAUCCAGGGAACCUUACCUACACAUGGUACUGGCAAGAAGAGAAUGUCUUCUUUAAAAAUGACUUGAAGAUGAGAGUUCGAAUUCUGAUAGAUGGGACACUCAUUAUAUUCCGAGUCAAACCAGAGGAUGCUGGGAAAUAUACCUGCACACCAAGUAACAGUCUGGGACACUCACCAUCUGCAUCUGCAUAUCUAACUGUCCAAUAUCCCGCACGCGUUGUGAAUAUGCCAUCAGUUAUCUACGUCCCGGUUGGUAUUCACGGUCACAUUCGCUGCCCUGUGGACGCCGUGCCCCCUGUGACAUUUGUGAAGUGGAAUAAAGAUGGUCGUCCACUGAGGAUAGAUAAGUUCUCUGGCUGGAAGCUCUUGGAAGAUGGUUCUCUUCACAUCGAGGAGGCUACGGACGAAUUACUGGGCACCUACACCUGUGUGCCUUACAACGCGUUGGGGACCAUGGGCCAGUCCCCUCCUGCACGGCUGCUGCUGAAGGACCCGCCCUAUUUUACGGUGCUCCCUGGCUGGGAAUACAGGCAGGAGGCUGGGAGGGAGCUGCUCAUUCCUUGUGCCGCUGCAGGAGAUCCCUUUCCCACCAUCUCAUGGAGAAAGGUCGGAAGGCCAUCCCUCAGUAAGCACAGUGUGCUGCCUAGCGGCUCCUUGCAGUUCCGAUCACUCGGUAAAGAAGAUCACGGGGAAUGGGAGUGUAUAGCCAGCAAUGUGGUAACAAGCAUCACUGCCAGUGCUCAUCUCACGGUUAUUGGUACCAGCCCUCAUGCCCCUUCUAAUGUCAGAGUCAUGGUGUCCAUGAAUACGGCGAAUGUGUCGUGGGAAGCGGGAUACGAUGGAGGAUUUGAUCAGAUAUUCUCUGUUUGGAUCAAGCGUGCUCAGUUUGGACCCCAUGAUUGGGUCUCCAUGCCUGUUCCUGGUGGAGUAUCUUUCCUUCUUGUGGACUCCUUGGAUCCUGAGACAGAAUACCAAUUCAGUGUUCUCGCUCAGAACAAAUUGGGGACAAGUUCAUUCAGCGAGGUGGUCACAGUGAAGACCCUAGCCUUCCUUCCCACAACCCCUGAGCCUCUUCUGGUAUUGACCUCACCCCGCUGCCUGAUCGCCAAUAGAACUCAGCAGGGAGUCCUCCUGUCUUGGCUUCCUCCAUCCAAUCAUAGCUUUCCUUUAGAUCGUUACAUCAUGGAGUUUCGUCUAGCAGAAAGGUGGGAGAUUCUAGAUGACUCGAUCGGGGGCAGUGACACAGAGAUCUUAGCGAAGGAACUAUCCCAGGAUACAUGGUAUGAGUUCCGGGUGCUGGCUGUGAUGCAGGACCUGAUCAGUGAACCCAGUAACAUCGCUGGAGUGUCUAGUUCAGAUGUUUUUCCAUCUCCAGAUCUGAGUGACGAGGGGUUUGCUCGCCCAGUGCUUGCUGGCAUUGUGGCAACCAUCUGCUUUUUGGCAGCUGCUGUCUUGUUCAGUACAUUGGCAGCUUGCGUGGUGAACAGGCAGCGUAAGCGUAAAAUGAAAAGGAAAAAAGAUCCACCUCUUUCAAUCACUCAUUGUCGAAAAAGCAUGGAGUCUCCGUUGUCCUCUGGAAAGGUAAGCCCAGAGAGCGUACGGACACUCCGUGCCCCAUCAGAGUCAUCAGAGGAUCAAGGCCCGCCAUCCAAACGCCCUUUGAGUCCUGGGCGUGAAAAAGAGCUGUCAUUGUACAAGAAAACCAAACGUGCCAUGGCCAGCAAGAAGUACAGCGUCAGCCAGGCCGAAGCAGAGGUUACCACUCCCAUUGAAUUGAUUAGCAGAGGUCCAGAUGGGCGUUUUGUGACAGAAAGUCCAGACCAGGAACCAACUCUCAGGAGUCGCAGGAUUCAAGGUUUCCCCUUUGCUGAAGAGACAGACAUGUACCCAGAGUUUCGUCAGUCAGAUGAGGAGAACGAUGAGCCAUCAGGCAUGAAAUCCCAACUCACCCCAUUGUCAUCCAGUCAGGACUCUCCUCUCCAGCCUCCGGCAUACAGUCCCCGCUUCCAGCAUCCAUCUAGUGAGGGAAGGCAACAAGCAUCAGGCCAGUCCAGACCUGGUGGAUACCAUCAUGGCCAUCUGUAUGGCUACCUCAGCAGUAGCCCUCGUGAUUCAGAUCCACCUCCACCCUUCUACAUGCCGGAAGUUAGCCCACUGAGUUCUGUUAUGUCCUCCCCACCAUUGCUUCCAGAAGGAUCUUUUCCCCCCAUCCCAGAGGAAAAUGGAGAGAACAGUUCCAGUAGUACACUUCCCCUAACACAUACACCUACUGGAGGGCGCUCUCCAGAACAGUGGGGUGGCCCUGACUUCCCUUUUGGAGGUUUGGAGGCCCCGCCGUCUCCCUCCAUGUUUGUACAGCACAGGUACGAGACAGCGGAGAUUAGGCGUCCUCUUCCUCCACCUCCUCCUGCACCUUUUCCACGUGGACACCCACCACCAAACUCCCUACAGGUCCCAUCAUAUGCUGCCAUUAUACCCCUGGAACCUCAUCCUGGCUGGGCAGGACGGCUUCCAAGUCGUUGCCCACCUCCACCUCACCCCACUUCUUGGCAAGAUGCAGCUAUGCAACUGGCUGUACAGGGCCAGCUUCGGCACACCAGCCAAGGAAUGGGAAUUCCGGUGCUUCCAUACCCAGACAUCCAUGAAGCUGGGCCCUUUGGAAUGGAUGCUCGCUGGUUUGAAAGCCGGACGCGUCCACAGAUGAGCCCUAGGCAGCACCGCAGACUAGAGCCCAGUCUACAUCAGGUGGUGCUACAACCCUCUCGUCUUUCCCCACUCACCCAAAGUCCCCUAAGUUCCAGACAUGGUUCCCCUGAGCUGAGUGCUAGAGCCAGGCCCCGUCCUGGUAUGCUGCCCCCACCAGACUGUUCUGGCAUUGCCCUUCAGCCUCCAGGCUUCCUACACAACUCACCUCCUUCUUCUGGAUCCCCAGGAAAGAGCAGCCAUGGGGGAAGCCCUAGCUACAGAAUUACACCACCCAAUUCCUCCCCACAUGGUGAUGGACGAAGGAGAGGAGAAGAAAGGGUGCACGCAGAGACGGCGGUGCUGUGCACUGCAGGAGUUGGGAUUGCUGCUGUACCUGAGAGACUGGAAAUUGUGAGAGAUCAGCGUGUUCACAAGCCCAAGAAAUCCAACAAGGGUUCUUCUAAAUCCCGAAAACACUCUGAUGGAUCCAACUCGCAGGUUCACCAGCCGCCCCCAUCCAUGUACACAGACACUCGUUGCAUCCGUAGGAAGAAACGUGCAGCUGGACACGACCCCCUCUCUCGCCUCUCAGCUCUGAGGGACGAGCUUUGUCACCGAGCACUGUCGGAUGAUCGGGCCGCCAUUCUGACCAGCACCGAACCUGAUGACUCCAGCGGCCAUGCCACCCUUCUGUGACCAUCCCUGGAGAGAGGCCUGGCUUCUAGGCUCUUUCUGUCUCUUGGUGCUUACACCCCCCGUUCCUCCCUAGGAAACAACCUGUACACAAAACCGUGAGCAGGAAUCGUGCAUUCAAUGCCUACCUCACCAACCCUGUGUGUGUGCUGAGGAUACGCCCGUGCCUCCCAUCUCGGAGCAAUGUACAGUGUUAAGACUGCAAACUGAGGAUACAUGCAUAGGUCACAGAUCAGCACUAUGUAUAGUGUGACUAUAGCACAGUAUAGGAGCUCUGAGAAGACACCAUGUCUCACCGCUCAUCUAUGUGUAUGGUGUUCAAACCCUUAAUUCCACUAGAGGCAAGGUCCAUAGCUCUUAUGGACACAGCACUUGCCGUGUGUAUGCAUAGUGUAUGUAUGUAUUUUAUGUCAAUUCUCCCACAAUCAAAUUUGGAAGGUAUCUCAAUGCAUUGGUGGCCUAAAUUGGAUGAUAAAAUCGGUCAGUUGUUUAAAGGGAAGCAAACACCAAAGCUCUGAAGAGUUUUUUGUUGGCUCCUUCUCACUACCUAACCAUGUCCAUACAUAGACACCAUGUCUAAACGGUUUAGAUAACAAACAGUGGUGUGUGGAGUGUUGACAGAUGGCUACUGGUGAGCUGGCCAUACCUAGGCCACCACGUUCAAGCUGGAAAAUGUCUCCUAGUCAGUUGGCUUUUAGAUUAUUGUCUCCUAUUUUAGCCUAAGAUUUAGCAGCUCUCCUUUAAUCACCGAAGGACAUAGAUUAGUGAACAUGUGUGCAAUUAUGACGUAAUUUACAGCUAAAUAUUCCUAAUAUUUUACUCCUGGCAAAAAAAAACAAAAGAAAAAUUAUUGUGGCCAUGACUUACUUUGUAAAUGGGUGCAGCUAUUACCGGUAACAACAGUUGGAAAUAAGUCCUUAUUGGCUGUCUUGGAGUCCUCAAAUUGACUUACAAAAUUGAUUGGUAAUUUCUAGUUUUUCCCAUUC